AUGGUUCGUUUCAUUGCUACAAGGCUCUGUUGGUUUCUAAAUGAUUCUCUCAAGUCCCAGGAUAUGAUUUCAUUGGGACCUUUAGUCCAGUGGUUAAGUUUUCCAAUAGUGGAACCUGUUAAUGUGUAUGAUGCAUUGAAGUCUUUCAAUUGGAAAACAGCAGUUCAUGUUGAAUUUGAUGCUUUACAGUAUAAUGGUACAUGGAUUGUGGUAAAGGUACCCCCUAGACGUUUAGUUGUAAGGUGUAAGUGGCUUUUUAAACUGAAAACUAAUCCAGAUGGUUCGGUUCAUCGCUACAAGGCUCUAUUAGUUGCUAAAGGAUUCUCUCAAGUCCCAGGACAUGAUUUCAUUGGGACCUUUAGUCCGAUGGUUAAGUUUGCUACACUUCAUGUCGUCUUGUCUCUGGAUGUGGCUCAGCAGUGGUAG